UUAUAAUAGUGCUCAACUUGAUAAUAAUGAUGAACAAGCUGCAACAAUUAGACGUGAACUUGAUGGUAGAAUGAAACAAGCUGAAUCAUUACAAAGACAACGUGGUUUAAUGCCAAAAUUUGUACAUAAAGAAAUGGAUUCAUUAUAUGUUGAUGAAUUAAAAAAAAGUAUUAAUGAUUUAAUGAUUAAUCUUGAAAGUUUACCUGUACGUGGAGGAUCAGAACAAAAAUUAUUAAGAUCAAAACGUAGUACAAGUCAUAAUCGUCAUGGAAGUUCAUCAAAUAAUUCAUCAAAUUUAUAUUCAUCAAAUAAAUCUUUAUAUAAUGAAUCAAAUUUUGAAGAUAAUGAUAGUGGUUUAUCAAAAUUAGCAUUUAUUUUAAAUUUUAAUGUUAAUAUAACAUGUAAAGAAGUACGUGGUUUAAAAUCAAUUCCAACAAAUCGUAUUGUUUAUUGUACUAUGGAA